AUGUCAGGAAUCGCUGCAGGACGACUUGCUGAAGAACGAAAGCACUGGCGGAAGGAUCACCCAUUUGGAUUCAUAGCCAAACCAGUGAAAAACACCGACGGAACGUUAAACCUGUUCAAUUGGGAAUGUGCAAUUCCAGGAAGAAAAGACACUAUUUGGGAGGGCGGACUUUACAGAAUUCGAAUGCUCUUCAAAGAUGAUUUUCCAUCAACACCACCAAAGUGCAAAUUCGAGCCACCACUUUUCCAUCCAAAUGUCUAUCCAUCUGGUACGGUUUGCUUGUCCCUUCUGGAUGAAAACAAGGACUGGAAGCCAUCAAUUUCUAUCAAGCAGCUCCUCAUUGGUAUCCAAGAUUUGUUGAAUAAUCCAAACAUUGAAGAUCCAGCUCAAGCUGAAGCAUACCAAAUUUACUGCCAGAACAGAGCCGAGUACGAAAAGAGGGUCAAGAAGGAAGCAUUGAAAUACGCAGCUGAAGUCGUUCAGAAGCAAAUGCUCGAAUAG